UGUUUACGUCUGAAAACGAGACCAGACAGAGAAGCCUAGACAGAGAAGAGUGGUGAGCUGAGCUGAGCUGAGCUGAAUUGUUAUAUUUUUGAGCUCCGAAAUUUGCAGAAAAAAUGGCAGCUAGUACAGCUAUCAAGCUGUCCAACGGGGCUAGACUGCCUUUGCUGGGACUUGGAACUUAUUGGAGGGUUCCAUAUGCUUACACCAUGGGUGGAAAACUGCUGCCACUAAAAUCCGAGGAGUACAAGAAAACUGCCUACGAGUGCACCAAGGCAGCCAUCAGUGCUGGAUACCGCCAUAUCGACACUGCCCAUGCCUAUGAGAAUGAGGAAGAAGUGGGGAGGGCCAUCAAGGACAAGAUUCUGGACAAAACUGUGAACAGGCGGGAGAUGUUCAUCACUGGGAAGCUGUGGGCGAAACAUGACCCUAAAGAUGUGCGUCCGGCAGCUCUGGACAGUCUGAAGAGGCUUGGGCUGGACUAUCUGGACAUGUACCUGAUCCACACCCCAUGGGCCUUCAAGAACCCAGGAGAUGGCACCCUUUUCCCCAGGGACAGGGAAGGCAACCUGUUCUUUGAUGACACUGACUAUACCAUCACCUGGAAGGCUAUGGAGAGUCUUGUUGAGGAUGGUGUUGUGAAGGGCAUUGGUCUGUCCAACUUCAACUUGGAGCAGACGCAGCGUGUCAUCAACAAGUGUCACAUCCAACCGGCUGUCAUGCAGGUUAGCAUCCUUCUGUCUUCUGUGCUAUUAUACAUAGAUCCUAUCCCCACACUGGACUGUCCUGUCCUGUACCCUGGCCUUGGUGCUGAAAGACCUUCCCCCACACUGCACUAUACUGUACCCUCCCCAGCCUCAAUGAUUCUCAAUUUCCUGUCAAUUUCUUCCAUCGCUCUUUUCCAUCCUGUACUCUCCCAGCCUUUGUGCUGAAAGACAUUCCCCACC